AUGAACUUCUUUUUCCCUGCAAAUAAAACUAACCAAACAGUGAACCUUGAAAGCGUGCAAGAUGACAAAGUGACAAUUAACAUAUACCUGGACGAAGCAUACACACACAGUGGUGAUGUGUUCAAAGCCUCCUUUGAAUUAAUCGGGCCUAUGAAACACAUAGGGAAUAUAAAAAUAGACUAUGUCGUUUUGUAUUUAUAUGGAUUGUAUAUAUUUAACGAGGAAGCAAUAACUGUUUGUGCUACUAGCCAAAUUGUUGAGAAACAAGAAAAUAUUAACUUACCUUUUUAUGGAACCGAUCAAACAAAUGAACAGAAAUAUUUAUUGUUCUAUUCUAAUCCAAUAAUUCUAUGCACAGAUAUGAAUUUUACCAAAUCCAAUGAAACUUUUUACUACCACCUUAAUUGUAUUUUUCCUCCCUUUCUUCCCCCUUCAUAUAGCGGGAAAAACAUAAAAUUUAAAUAUUGCAUGUACGUGCAGGCAGUUAAGAGAUUAUAUAUAAAUAGAACCCAAUUUGUAACAAAAAAAUAUGAACACCACGUCCCUUUACAUCUGCUAAGCUCAAAGUAUACCAAUUCACCUGUGCUAGACUUUUCCUUAUACCCAAUCAAACCCCAUAACCCCCGCAAUCCCCACCUGGAAAGGAAUAAAACUAGCCAAAGGGAUACUGCAUAUGAGUAUCUUUAUCACAACUUCCAUGUUACACUUUACGAAAGCAGUUCGAGCGGUUCGAGCGGCUCUAGCGGCCCAAGAAAACAAAACGAAGAACGACAAAAUGAAAACCCAUCAAGUCGUCAUGCACUUGAGAAAAGAACAUUUAACGCGUCCCAUAUCCCAUCUUACUUGUACAACAAUGUCAAUAAGAGCCGAUUGGAUUCACUUGUUUGCAUUUACAAUAUUGCAUGUCAGAGAAGAGAAGACUCCUCCCUUUUCAUGCUUAACUAUAUCCUUUAUAACUAUAGCUACUUUUACUUUUUGCAUCUGUUUCUGUAUCUGGCACAUCACUAUGAUUACUACACCAAUGAACUUGUUCCCUCUGUGGGAGAUGCCAAAAACGUUGGUAGUUUUAAUGCCUUCUUGCAUGUUCUUCUCGCAUGCUACAGGGAUCAGUUGGUGGAAUCCACUGCAUCUAGAGGGGCGCUGACAACCACACCAUCUGAACAAUCGUCAUAUGUGCCUGUGUUGCCUCUAUUUGCCUCACACAUAGGCGAUGCGCACAAGGGAUUAGAACCCACAACUAACCAAAAAAAAGAAACCGGAAAAAAUAGCAACAAAAAAAUAUAUCACCAAUACGCAACGCAAGGGGAAAAAUCAGCUGACCAGUCAGGCGAAAUGAUGGGCGAAAAAUCAGCUAACGAGUCAGGCGAAAUGACGGGCGAAAAAUCAGCUAACGAGUCAGGCGAAAAGUUGGGCGAAAAAUCAUCUGACCAGUCAGGCGAAAUGACGGGCGAAAAAUCAGCUGACCAGUCAGGCGAAAUGACGGGCGAAAAAUCAGCUGACCAGUCAGGCGAAAUGACGAGCGAAAAAUCAGCUAACGAGUCAGGCGAAAAGGACGCGCAUGUUGAUCAUGAGGAGUUGCUAAAAGAGCUAUACACACACGAGGGAGAUGUCCAUUUCGAUGGUCUGGUCGACCAAUUCUUUCUCAAGAGCGACGACAAGGAUCUGCAAAAUUUUUACCUCAGUAACUAUAACAAUUUCGUCUUUAAUGAUAUGAAAUAUGAACCCAUACGAUGGUAUGAUAAUUUAGUUCUUGGCAAGUCACCCAAUGUUCAUAAUGCGUCCCCUGAUGAGGAAGACGUUUUGAACAUCUAUUUGGAAACGACAGAUUCUGCAUCAACUUCAGAUGUAUGCGAUGAAGAAGACAAUGUUCCUAAUUCAGAGACGAAGAAUGAGUACUUGUCAAGACCAUUGAACAAAGAAGAUCAUGUAGUUCAAAUGUCAAAGGGAGGGGUAAUGGAUUUAACUCAAGGAAAUACAAAGGAUAAAUUGGGAAAAAUCACCAAAAUGGAUAUAAUGCAAAGUGCCGAUCUGUCAGAAGAAAAGGUGAAUAAUAGCACAGCGACAAAUAACCAACUCUUCCCCUUCGAUGAGAUGUAUGCCAAAGCGGACACCAUCAUCAAGUGCAUGCACGAAAGAAACCUGUUUAGACGUAUGUAUAAACGUAAGAUAAAACCACACUGUGCAUCAUACUGUAUAUCACCGUACAUGACACACGACACUUCCGACACGUUAGUAUCUGAAUGGGAUGAAGAAAAAGAAAAGAUGGCUAUUACAAAUGGCACUUCAAAAAAUGUGUAUCGCAUAAAUUCCAAUGGGAAAAGUAUAUGUUUUAUUACUUUAACAGAUGGAGUGAAUAACAAAAUAAAAAAUUCGUUCUCAUAUGGCAGCACUGUGAAUGUAAACUUUGAUUUUAGACGCGCAGAAAUAUAUACUGUUCAUGUAGAUGUGUAUUUAAAACGGGUUGAAAAAUUAAAAGUAAACACGAAUUAUUUGAUUUUGAAUAAGAAUAAAAUAUAUGAUGAAAAUGAUAUCAUAAAUGAGGGAUAUUCAUCUGUCGAUUCAAAUGAAACAUCUUACCAUCUCAUCUCAAAUUAUAAACUAGUAGCUCAGCAAAGUAUCUCUACUAUGCAGUGUUCAUUAAAAAAUGUUGCUUUUGUUUUGAACGAAGAAAUAAUUCCUGCUUUCAGAAAUAACAUAGUUAAGAUUGAUUAUUUGAUUGACUUCAAUUUCUUUUGCCUUCCAAAGGGAAUGGAAGCACAUCACAAUUCUUAUUUUCGGUUUCUAUCCCAUAAAGAAUUUUUCAAUGGUGACAAUGUCAAUGAUAACAACAAUAAUGAUGAAAGUGAUGAUGGAAACAUGUGCAAUUUCACCUUUCGUAUUCCUCUUCACAUCACAGAAAGAACGCAUGACUUUUACCCAAAUGAUGCCAACACUAACCUUGCUUAUCAGCAGAAACUGAAUCCACAGUGCUCUAGAAACCAACUACUUCUGCACAACAGCCACAAGUUUAUGUACACGGAUAGGAGAUAUUUCGUGCGCACCUUAAAAAUAUGA